CACACUGACACUUCCGCUGGGAGUUGCGGAAGAGCGGAAGCGGCGCAGGCGCGAGAUUCGUACAGAUUUGUUCGUUCAUUUUCGCGCCUCAUUUAACGCUUGAGAGGCUUCGUACACAGCUCGGGAGCACAUCGAGGCAAAUGAAUGGGAGCGAACCUCCAGAUGGAUCCGUUAGACUUUCUAAACAAGGAGGAUCUCAUUCGCUUCUUUCACUGCAAGAAGACGGAGAUGUCCUGCAUGGAGGAGCCAAACAUAUUCCUGCACCAGCUGAGAGACCAUAAUCUGGUACCAGAGAAACUGUACAAGAAGGUGGUAAAGAUGAGGUGUAAGGAGAAGAGGAAGGACGGUGUUUAUCAGAUCUUGGACUGGCUGGAGAAGGAGAGAAGUGACUCUGUGUACCUCUUUUGGACAUGUGUAUUCAAAGACCACAUCCUGCAGAAGUACCCAGUUCUCCGCCUGCUCAGGAACAGCCUCAUGGAUGGCUCCUUCCGGGUCUAUGAGAAUCUCCCUGACCCAGUUGGUCAGACAGAGAGAGAGAACGAGCCAGCCCAAAUCAAAGAAACUACAGCGAAGGAGAAGAAAAAAGGAACAAAGAGAAAGAAAAGUGCUGAGGAGACGGAGGAGGACGAGCAGCCGGGCCCAUCCUGUCCCUCCACCCCCAACCUGAAGAAACCUGCCAAGAAGCUCAUGUUCUCUUCUCCAAAGAAAGGAGACAAAGGGGAUAUUUGGACAUGGGCUCUGUUUAAAAGUCACCUACCUGUCACAUGUGGAGAUAAAGAAGGCACUCUCUAUCGUGACAAGUUGGCCAGAGGAGGGAAGUGUAUUCUUUCAAAUCGCCGCUGGUUCACCCCUGCUAGCUUUGAGAAUUUUGCAGGAAAGGGCAGAAGCAAGAACUGGAAACUCUCCAUUCGCUGCCAAAAAACUCCACUGCAGAAACUUAUAAAGGACGGCCAUCUACAAUCUCCACUCAGAAAGAGACGCUGUGUGAAAGAGAGUCAGCAAGUGCUGCUUCCUGUCAGUUCCUCUGAAAGCUCCAGCCCUCAUUCAGAGUCCAGUGCAGAAAUGGAGCAUUCAGGUGAAGAAGUUCUGGAAGAGCAGAGCGAAGAGGAAGAGGAGGAGAGCGAAGAAGAUGAAGCAGAAGCAGAAGAUGAAGCAGAAGAAGGAGAGACAGGACCGGUGGAUCCAUCUCUGUUUCAAACUCCUUCUUUACCGGUCAGGUGUGGUUCUGUCAGCGGAGUUUUAUAUAAAUGCAGAUUUGCCUCAGGGUCACGUAGUAAAAGCAUUCGCACAGAGGAGUGCUGGCUCACUCCGGAGGAGUUUGUGAAGCAGGAGUUAACGCUGAUAGACGGGCACUGGAAGAAAGAUAUUCGGUGUCAUGGCAAAACAUUAAACUACCUGCUGAAGAAGAAGAUCCUGUCAGUACAUUCCCUGCUGUGUAUUUGUAGUCUAUGCAGUUCUAAUGACCAGGCUCAGCAGGACCAGGAUAAUGAUGAUGAGUGCUUCAUCUGUAACACUGAAGGUGACCUGCUGUGCUGUGAUGAAUGUCCAAGAGCUUUCCAUAAUCAGUGCCAUUUACCGGCUGUGCAGGACGAUUCACUGGGAGAGAAGUGGGUGUGCACUUUCUGUGUGUUGAAGGCUAACCAAAGUUGGUGGCAGCCCACACAAAUGACUGAAGAAGAAGCUCUGGGCAGUUCCAUUUCUCAGUAUAUUCUGCAUUGCCAGUAUUUGCUGUUGUGCAUGUAUAAGGAGGAUAUAGAGCAUGUGUUCACUGGAGACCCCACUAAAACAAUCUCAGGCUACAGCAAAGUGAUUCCUGACCCCAUGUGGCUGGACAGGGUGAAGACAAAGCUGCAGAACAAACAGUAUAAAACACUGGACCAGUUUGUGUCUGACGUCAGGCUCAUCUUUCGCAACUGCCACAACUUUAAUAAGGGCAAUGAUGUGUUUGACAAGUUGGGAUCCAGACUGGAAGAAGUGUUUGAGAAGGAGUUCCAAACCAUCUUUGACAUCCACUAGCACCUCUCCUCAAUCAGGAACCUUCAUUUGUUUGGACAUGAAGUAUUAAGCAAAAAAGCCAUAUAGAACAGAGAACAGAUUUUAUGUGUGAUACAGUAAAGAAAAAAGGAAAUUUUACAGCGUAAUACUGCCUUACAUACAGAACAUGUUAGAAAAUCAGUAGCACUUUCAGUAAUAAACGGAACUACACGCAAAAUUAAAUGAUUGGCACAUUUGCAAACAGUUUCUGUGGCUAUUAAAACUAUAAGCUAAUAUUUUGUUUUUGCACAUGGUUUGACAAAAAGCUUUUCAAAAACAUAUUGGUUAGUUUUAGUAUUAACCAAUUAAGAGUCACAAUACUAAAAACACUUUAAUUUGUAAAGCCAGUUGUAAAGCAGUUUGUUGCUGAAAUGGUUGAUGGUCCCAAGGGAUCGUUUAGUGCCCCACCAACCAAUCAUUUUGCCCCACUAAAACCACUACAUUUUAAUACAUACUUCUACAGAAGCAGGUGGCAAACACAAUAAAGUGAAACUGAACUUUGUAUAUAAAGCUAUAUCAAUUAACAUAGGAGGGUUUUAAUGUAUCACAUGUAUUGGCUGAAAUUAAAGAAUGAACUAUAGACUGUAAAAAUGCUUUGUCAGUUAAAACAAUGACUUCAUGUAGUAACAAGUAAUAUAGUGAUUAGUAAUUAAGCUAACUAGUUUUAUUGAACUAAAAGAAUUAAUACAAUUAAUAUUACAAUUAAAACUGUUGUUCAUUCAAAUGAUUUAUUUAGUUUUAAUAAAACUAGUUAAUUUAGUUGUUACCCCUUCUUUUUAGGUUGAACUGACAAAGACAGUGUAUGUCGUGGGACGAUAAAUUAGAUUUCCUAAAGACCUUUGAUGAUUUGUUGUGAGUGUGAGGCUGGUUUGGACAGAUAUACUGUACAUUUCUUGCUUUAUAUAUUCCAGAGGUUAUUUUUGUUUUGUUUUUUGAUUUUCUUUUAUUAUUAUUUUGUGGCAUAUGGAUAUGCUGUACCCCAAACUUCCCUUCCAGCCACUCAGUGGGUUUCAGAUGCCCUGUUUCUUUGUAUUUCAAAUGUACGAUUGGUUUCAUCAUGUCUUGCAAUAAAAUGUUUAUUUAAAAGA